GAGCAAUACCAGAGAAGAAGAAAUCUCCCGCCCCUCCGCAGUUCUUUUAAACCAAGGCGGGACAAUCCGCCUCAUUUGUGGUGGUGGGUGUAAGUUGUACUCCAGGGCUUGACGGUGCAGGUCGCUGCCAACAUGGUGAGGACGAAAGCGGAUAGUGUUCCGGGGGCGUACAGAAAAGCGGUGGCAGCUUCAGCUCCCCGGAAGUCUUUGGGAGCCAGUUCUUCCAACGGCGCCUGCUCCAGCAGCCAGGCCACCACCCCCGCAAAGAACAAAUACGGCGGGGGGAACCCGGUGUGUCCCCGGCCCACCCCCACCUGGCAGAAGGGGAUCGGAGACUUCUUCGGCGGACCGCCGAGAAAACCCGAGAAGGAGAACCAGAGGCCCCAGGAGGUGGAGGAUGGUGAGGAGGCUGGAGGCAGCGGGAUGUCCAAGGCCAGCAGAAAGUCCAGACCUCUUCCUGCUGAGGAUGAGGAGGAUGACUGAAGGCUGGACAGAUGUUUGCUGCCUCCACACCAGCGUCUAGAUGUACAUCUGUAUAUAAUUUCUCAUGAAUUCACCGUGUAUAGUUCAUUAAACUUGUUUUGAGUGGUUUUUAA